UUCUCUGCAUUUAUUGCCAUGGCUCCAGCUUCACCAAAGCCUGCUGAUGAUACAAUGGUGUUCAUCCGCUCCAUGCAAAAGCCUCGAAAGCGGUGGCAAAAGGCCUACAGAGCCAUCUGUUUCUUGGUUUUCUUGACCAAGAAGAGGACUGUUGCUAAGAAAAGCUCGGGUUUCUUGCAGUUAUUAAGCAGCAGAUCUUUUGUUGCCAUUGCCAUUGAAGAUAAGGAUCACAAACCCUCUUUUGACAUUGACAAGAAUAUGCUGAGUGACAUGGUUAGCAAGAGGGACAUGGACGGGCUCUCGAGCCUUGGUGGGGUUAAAGCAAUGGCGGCUCUACUCGAAGCUGAUGAGAAGGGCGGGAUUGAUGGCAGCAAUGCAGCUGGCAUAGAGUAUAGAGUUCAAGUUUUCGGUUCCAACACGUACAAGAAGGCACCUGCUAAAAGUUUCUUCUCCUUUGUUCUUGAAGCAUUCAAGGACACCACCAUCGUCAUCCUUCUCAUCUGCGCGGUUCUGUCUCUUGGUUUCGGGAUCAAAGAGCACGGCCCCGAGGAUGGAUGGUACGAUGGGGGCAGUAUAAUCCUCGCUAUCUUUCUCGUUCUCGCAGUUUCUUCCAUCAGUAACUACAAACAAAGCAGACAGUUUCUGAAGCUAUCUAAUGAAAGCAGUAACAUUAAAGUCGAGGUAGUGAGAGAUGGGCACAGGCAAAAAGUUUCAAUCUUUGAUAUUGUAGUGGGGGAUGUUGUGUGCUUAAAAACGGGUGAUCAGAUACCUGCUGACGGGUUGUUCUUGGACGGUUUUUCCAUGAGAGUUGAUGAAUCCAGCAUGACGGGGGAGAGCAACCACGUUGAAGUGGACGAGACCCGAAAUCCCUUUUUGGUUUCGGGGACAAAAGUGACAGAUGGGUAUGGUCAUAUGCUUGUGACAUCAGUAGGGAUGAACACGUCAUGGGGGCAAAUGAUGAGCUUGAUAACUCACGACGUGACCGAAGAGACGCCAUUGCAACAACGCCUAAACAACCUCACUUCCUUCAUCGGGAAGGUCGGUCUAAGCGUUGCUGGGCUUGUCCUCGUGGUUAUGAUGGUUCGUUAUUUCACGGGGAAUACACGAGACGAGAGUGGUCACAAGGAGUUCAUUGGCAGCAAAACCGAAGCCAGUGAUAUCCUGAAUUCGGUUCUGUUCAUCAUAGCUGCAGCAGUUACUAUCGUUGUGGUCGCAAUUCCAGAAGGCUUACCUUUGGCUGUCACGCUAAACCUCGCAGUCUCGAUGAAGAGGAUGAUGCGGGAUAACGCAAUGGUCCGAAAGCUCUCAGCUUGCGAGACAAUGGGCUCAGCCACCACAAUCUGCACAGACAAAACCGGCACACUCACAUUAAACCAGAUGCAGGUAACCGAAUUUUGGUUAGGUAAAGAACAAAUAGAGAAAGGGAAAUCAUUCGAGAUAGCCUCUGACCUUAUCGAACUAAUCCAAGAAGGUGUUGCUUUAAACACGAGCGGUGAAGUUUAUAUGUCAGCUUCAGCUACCCUUCCAGAAAUUUCUGGUAGCCCGACAGAAUCAGCUAUCCUUCAAUGGGCAGUUGCUGAUUUAGCCAUGGAUUUUAACGGACUAAAGCAAGGCCAUGAAAUCCUCCAAGUCGAAGCGUUUAACUCACAGAAGAAAAGAAGCGGUGCAUUGGUGAGAAAGAAUCACGGGGAGAAGGGAGUUCAAACGCACUGGAAAGGCGCGGCUGAGAUGAUUCUUGAUAUGUGCUCCAAGUAUCAUCUCAAAAGCGGAGAUAUAAAAGCUUUGGACGAUGAAGAGAGGGUAAACUUUCAGUCGAUAAUUAGAAACUUGGCAUGUAAGAGCCUGAGAUGUGUUGCAUUUGCUUACAAAGUAGCUCGAGAACAAAGCGAUAUGGUUAGUGAGAAACUCGAAGAAAGUGAACUGACCUUACUCGGGAUGGUCGGAAUGAAGGACCCGUGUCGACCCGGAGCUAAAGAAGCAGUUGAAGCCUGCAGAGAAGCCGGAGUCAAAAUCAAAAUGAUAACAGGAGACAAUAUGUUCACCGCAAAAGCAAUAGCUACUGAAUGUGGAAUAUUAAAGCAAGGAGACGAUAUAGACGGUGCAGUAAUCGAUGGAACAACGUUCCGAAAUUACUCAGAACAAGAACGAAUGGCGAAAAUCGAUAGCAUCUGCAUAAUGGCGAGAUCAUCUCCAUUCGACAAGCUUUUGAUGGUGAAAUGUCUGAAGCAAAAAGGCCACGUUGUUGCAGUAACGGGUGACGGUACUAAUGACGCCCCUGCCCUCAAAGAAGCAGAUAUCGGGCUUUCGAUGGGGAUCCAAGGCACAGAAGUGGCAAAGGAGAGCUCGGAUAUCGUUAUCUUGGACGACAACUUCAAAUCCGUGGUUACCGUUAUAAAAUGGGGUCGGUGCGUAUUCAACAACAUCCAAAAAUUCAUUCAGUUUCAGCUCACAGUAAACAUUGCCGCUCUCACGAUAAACUUCGUGGCGGCAUUAUCCUCGGGCGAAGUCCCGCUCACAGCGGUCCAGCUUCUUUGGGUUAACCUCAUAAUGGAUUCUCUCGGGGCAUUGGCUCUGGCAACCGAACAGCCCACCGAUGAUCUCAUGGCAAAGAAACCAAUUGGCCGAACCGAACCUCUAAUAACUCCUGUAAUGUGGAGGAAUCUCAUCGCUCAGGCUCUAUACCAGAUCAUCGUACUACUCGUUCUACAGUUCAGAGGUAGCUCGAUCUUCGGAGUGAAUAAGAGGGUGAAGGAUACCUUGAUAUUCAACACUUUCGUCUUCUGCCAAGUCUUCAACGAGUUCAACGCAAGGAAGCUGGAGAAGAAGAACGUCUUCAAGGGAAUACUGAAGAAUAAGCUGUUUCUCGGGAUCAUUGGCGGGACAAUAAUUUUACAGGUGAUUAUGGUCGAAGCGUUGAACAAAUUUGCAGCUACUCAAAGGCUCAACUCGGGGCAAUGGGCUAUAUGCAUAGGAGUCGCUGCAUUAUCGUGGCCAAUCGGUUGGCUUGCCAAGUGCAUUCCGGUUACUCACAAACAUCUUUCCCGUGAAGACAUCGCCUAGAGGAGCUGCACGUACGCCUGCAUAUUGAAAUAGAUACAAUUAGAUAUAUGAUCGUUCCUUUCUUUUCAAGCACUUGUUUCUUAGAUCUCAAGCAUAUUAU